GACUCAGUGGUUAUAUUCUGUAAAUGCUCUUUUGCCUUCUACUUUUUGGUUUUUAUUUAUCGUGUUUGGUCUUCUCCUCAUCUAAUUCUUUUGCAUCUGUUCUCUUUCACAAGAUGUCCCACCCCCUUACUACGUCUUGGUCUAACAGUAUUAUAUAUCUUCAUAAGCUGGUAGUUUCGUUUAGGAUAAAAGAAAAUCAAUAUCAUUAAAUGUAAACGAAAAAAAUCAAACGUAAACAAAUAGUUGUUGGUUUUUAGUUAUUAUGCAGACAUGCAGUUAAACCUUUGUGGUAUGCUCUCUUUUCACUUUUCAUUUGCAAGUUGCACAUGUCUCCACUCCUCGUUAGAUAUUAUUGCGCGUGGGCCAUCCAGUUUAUUACCAGAUUUGUAAUGGAUGUUGAUUUGUUCCAGUGCCGGUCCAGAACAAUUUGGCGCCUAAAGCAAAAUUUCGAAAAUAUGCCCUUUGGAAGUAUUGAACUCAGCACCUCUUGGAGAUAUAAAAGCCUUUCAGCCACUAUACUAAAGAAAUUACUUGAAUCUGAUGCCCCAAAUGUUUUUAUAAAUUUUGGCGCCUAAAGCUCUUGCUUCAUGUGCUUUAGUCCAGGGCCAGCCCUGAUUUGUUCCGAACCAUGAGAUUAGCGUCACUCUCGAGGUUGUGCCGAACCAAGAGAUUGUGACAAUCCGGAUAUGUAUAUAGUAUGAAGGUUACGUUGUAUUCUUCAUCAAGUAAACAUGAAUUACUUACCUUAUUUCCUUAUCAUAUUACAUCGAUAAAAUAUUAUGAUAUAUUUUCUUCAUAUAUUUACUUGAUUUUAAUUGACGCAAGCAACUUUUAGACCAUUUUUAAAUAUAUUUUGCAUAAAAUAUUAUAGUCAUAAUAUUUUUCAAAAUAACUGACGAUAAUGGUUUCAUUAAUCCGCAUGAAAAUAUUAGGCAUAAACAUUGGAUCACCGGUCACCAAACCAAAUGUCGGUACACUUGGUUUGAUAUCCCUAUAAAAUGGCACCAAGGGCAAAUGUUGAACUCACCCUCUCUUCCCAUCUCUACCUCAUCUAUCUUGUUCAGUUACCAGCCAAAUAACAACAAUGAAAAACCAUCUUCAAGAUCCCUUAACCAGUCACUUGAAUCCCUGUCUAACCAAAAAAGAAGAACAAGCUGACCAAGAAAUGAUGAGCUUACAAGCAUUGAAGAUCACAACCACAUUGGCUUUCCCCAUGAUUUUCAAAGCUGCUUUAGAUCUAGGCGUCCUUGACACAAUUGCUGCCAACGGCAAAGAUGUGUGGUUCUCGUCUUCAGAAAUAGCUUUUGGUCUACCAACCAAGCCCACCAACCCCGAGGCGCCAAUGUUGCUAGACCGAAUGUUACGAUUACUCGUCAGCCACUCGGUUUUGAAGUGUCGUAUAGUUGAAACCGGAGAAAACAAUCUAACUGGAAAGAUCCAAAUGGUAUAUGCAGUCGAGCCAGUUUGCACGCUUUUCUUAAAACAUGGUCAUGAUGAGUCGGGUUCACUCAUGUCCCUAUUCAUGGUGCAGCAUAGCCAAGUCUAUUUUGAAACUUGGUGGUAA